CGUCGUUUCCACUCGCUCCCUGAUUCCCAGACCAGAAACCCCAUCCCCCCCUCCCCUGCGGACCAGAAACCCUCCACCCACCACCACCACGACGAGCACGACGAAGGCCCUAUGCCCCGAGGCAGCUCGCAGCGGUGCACCGCCUCCGGCCCGCCGGCCUCGAUGGUCUCCGCCUCCGCCUCCGCCUCCGAGGACGAACUCUCCCUCCUCACCGGCCCGCAGCUCGUGAUCCACCUCACCAAGACCCACCGCAGAGCCGACUUCGAUGCGGUUUCGCGCAUCCUCGCCGCGCGGGACCACGAGAAGGCCACGGCCGAGGCCAAACUGGCGGCUGCGGAGGUCGAACUUGAGGCAGCGAGGGCGCGCUUGAUGGGGGUCGACAAGGUCCAGUCUGACCUAGAGGCCGCGCUCAGGGCGGUCCACGCACAGCAGGAGAAGAUAAAGGCGUUAGCUGGCGCGUAUCGCUGGCCGCGGGACGAGACCGAAGAGAUGGCGCUCGUGCCCGGUGAUGCCGCCCCUGAACCGGUGCAUCAGGACGAGGGGCGCGUCAAGGAGGCGAAGGAGGGGGAGGGGGAAGACGACGGCAUCAUUGACCUGUGCAGCGACGAGGAGGAAGAGGAGAAGACGGCGGUGGCCGGCGAGAUGGAAAUGGAAGGGAGCGGAGAUGAGGACGACAGAGUGCCGCUGAGCCAGCGCUUCAAGCGUCUACGGCGAGCCGAGCCCGGUGAGUUGGAAUCGGGGAAGGGGGGUGGACAGGGGCAAAGCGAUUCGGUCGGUACUCUGGGAAAUGAUCAGCAGAAAUCUUCGUCCGUAAAGAUGGAGGGGCAGAUGACAAGAACCGGGAAGAUGACAUGUAUUCUUGAGGCUUCAAAGGCGGCAGCUUCCGUGCAGGAGAGUGGAGUUGUGAAAUCAGAGAAGUUUGAUGAUGAGAUGCCCAGGACAGUGCUGCUUCCUUCUCGGGGGCUUCUUAGCACGAGCCCUCUACAGAAGGCUUCCUCCAAGAGUGACUAUUGUAAAGCUGGAAUUGGCGAAAAACAAGGCUCAUUUGAUGGUGUUCCAUCUAGUGGAGUCAGUCAGCUAUUGAAGGGGGAUGCAAAAAUGAACCAGGCACCAUUGGUUGGAUCAUCGAACAAAUGUGGCACCAAGGUAAUUGGUGCUGAAAAACAUUCACCUCUAUUAAGACCAUGUGAAGAGCGGAUGAUAACAAGGGAUGUAGUUCCAUUUGAACCUUGCAAUGGCAACAGCAUGUAUGUCCAGGUAAAAAGGGAGGCGGGCUCAUUGCCUUCAACAAUUACCAGUAAAUGGGAGUCUGAAGGACAUCUGUGUAGCUCAGUUUGCAACCAUGUGGAGAUAGCUAUGCAAGCUCUCUGUGCUCUCUAUCGCCAGAGGAAGUUAGCAAUGGAGGAUGCAAGAGAGGAACACAGGGCACAUACUUUGGCGGAGUUUCUUUUGGAUGGUGAUCUGCAGGGACCAAUGAGAAAAACUGUUGCGGAACUAGUGAAUCAUGAUGAGACAAAUCCACCUUUUCUUAUUCAAGUAACAAUCAGUUGCUCUGGGCAGUUGUACGGCAUUUUCAGGAACAAGGAAGAUCCAUACUUCUGCUGACAACAACGAAGCAGCAAGUACAGUAUGUGGGUAGGAUGCAGACUCCGUAGCUUGUACCGAAACCAAACGGUAUGGAUUAGAGUGAUCCUAGUUAGUUCCUCGUCGAACCAUGGUUUGAACCCGUUGAUGAAGAAGCGUAGCAUAGACAUGGCGGCCCUCAUGCCGAGCUUUGUUUUCCGCUAGGGUUUGAAAUGCUGAUGCCUGGGGUGUAUCUCUUUCGUAGUACUCCCUCCGUCCUAAAAUAACUGUCUCAAGCUUAAUACAACUUUAUAUUAGAGCUACUACAAAGUUAAGACAUUUAUUUUGGGACGGAGGGAGUAUGAUGUAGUCACGUGACUCCCUUGCAAAGGGGCGCUCUAAGAAUCCGCUGGGUUGCGGAUUUCGUUAUCAUCAGUAUGACAUUGCAUUAA